CAUGCUAUAAAUUAAAGCAUGCACGUAAUUUUUAGAUGUGUUCGGAAUUAAAAUAACCCGAAACAACGCAGGCGAGCACUGAUCACUCACUGAUCCGUCAUCACCAAACGCUGUCCUACGAGCGCACCACCACCCACACCCGAUCCCACCGUCUCCACCCACCCCUCAAGAUCUCAUCUUUUUUCCGCUUCCUCUCCCACCAAUUUCGAAAGAAUCAACCAAUCCCACCACCCGCGGCGGGCUCGCGACGAUGAGAGGCCUCCUCGCGUGCGCCACCCUCGUCCGCCGCGCCGCCUCGGGCGGCGCCUCCGCGCCCGCGCGCGUUCGCCACCUGGCGGGCGCGGCGGAGGCGGCGGAGGCCGAGCUCAAGAAGACGGCGCUCUACGACUUCCACGUCGCGCACGGCGGCAAGAUGGUGCCCUUCGCGGGGUGGAGCAUGCCCAUCCAGUACAAGGACUCCAUCAUGGACUCCACCGUCAACUGCCGCACCAACGGCAGCCUCUUCGACGUCGCCCACAUGUGCGGCCUCAGCCUCAAGGGACGCCAGGCCAUCCCCUUCCUCGAGUCCCUCGUCAUCGCCGACGUCGCGGGGCUCAAGGACGGGACCGGCACGCUCACAGUAUUCACCAACGAGCGCGGCGGCGCCAUCGAUGACUCCGUCGUCACCAAGGUCACCGACCAGCACAUCUACCUCGUCGUCAACGCUGGGUGCAGGGACAAGGACCUCGCCCACAUCGGGGAGCACAUGGAGGCCUUCAACAAGAAGGGCGGUGACGUCACGUGGCACAUCCACGAUGAGCGCUCGCUGCUCGCAUUGCAGGGUCCUCUUGCUGCACCAACUCUCCAGUUGCUGACAAAAGAAGAUUUGAGCAAAAUGUACUUCAGUGACUUCAAAAUGAUUGACAUCAAUGGAUAUGCAUGCUUUCUCACGAGAACUGGUUACACUGGUGAAGAUGGCUUUGAAAUCUCUGUUCCAUCAGAGAAUGCAGUUGAUCUUGCAAAGGGCAUCCUAGAGAAAUCUGAAGGCAAGGUGAGGUUGACUGGCUUGGGCGCCCGUGACAGUCUCCGCCUGGAGGCUGGCCUGUGCCUGUACGGCAACGACAUGGAGCAACACAUCACCCCAGUUGAGGCUGGCCUCUCAUGGGCAAUAGGCAAGAGGAGGAGAGCGGAAGGUGGUUUCUUGGGUGCAGAUGUGAUCCUCAAGCAGCUUCAGGAAGGCCCAAAGAUCAGGCGUGUCGGCAUGAUCACGCAAGGACCACCUGCACGGAGUCACAGCGAGAUCGUGAGCAACUCGGGGGAGAACAUUGGUGAGGUGACCAGUGGAGGGUUCAGCCCGUGCUUGAAGAAGAACAUCGCCAUGGGCUACGUGAAAUCAGGUUUGCACAAAGCUGGGACAGAGUUCAAGGUGGUUGUCCGUGGGAAGUCCUACGACGCCAUCAUCACCAAGAUGCCCUUUGUGCCGACCAAGUACUACAAGCCCUCAUAGAUUGUACAAACGGAUGUUCCUUCGGCUACAAUUUUCUCUUGCAACUCUCUUGUCGCGGCUUGUCCAUGACAGGCUGCUGCAACUGUAACUCCUGUAAGACUCCUCCUUACAGCUUGACAUUUUAUCUCUGCCCGUCUAAUAAUGUUUUCUUUUCCCAAAAGCAAA